GACUGAGAGAGAUGGCCGCGGGGGUGUGAUGGCUGAGGCUGGGGGCAGCAUGAGGCUAGGGGGGCUGUAUCCCCGCUUCCACCCCAGCCUGUCGCCCUCCCCAGACCUCUACAUGGACGCUCAGCCCCUUGACUUCUCCACAAAGAAAGGCAAGAUGUCUCCAGUCACCUCCGGCAGCGACCACGGAGACCACAGCGACAGUGACCGCUGCAGCCUGACGGAGGAUGGUUCUGGGGCACCCAUCAGCCUCGUCCAUGACCGUAAGAUGUGGUCACGUUCUUCUGAGUCCGGCGUCUCCGUUACCAGUACCUCUCCUGAGCGUCCGCGGUCGCCAAGGUCUACCUGUGUCUCACCCAUGGCCGUCAGCCCCGCCCGUCACCGUCACCAUCCCCAUCAUCCCCACUACAACCCCCUCCACUACCAACACACUGCCGGCCACCUUUCCCACGCCACCGGCUUCAACCCCGCCCUUCUCUCCCACCUACAUACCAACCCAUUCCUCCUCUCCACCCUCCAGUCAGCACUCAAGUCCAAGGCCAUGACGGCGCACCCCUUCAGGUCGUAUCUGCCUCCACCCAGUCACUCCCCAACAUCGGUGGACUUCUCUAGGUCCCCGUCUGCAUCCGUCCACCCGUCGCCAAGCCCCAGUCUUCCUUUCACCUCUGGCAGUCUGGGUAUGGGAGGUCUAGGGGCAAGUGGUCUCGGGGGAAGUGGUCUUGGGGGAGGCAGUCUCGGGGCAGGAAGCAUGAGUGGCAUCAAUCUAGGUACAGAAACUCUUACUACCGAACCAGGAGUUCAGAGUUCACCAAACUUAACGUCGAAUUUACUAGGAGGUUCCUAUGACGGCUUGGGCGGCCUGGGUGGCGGACUGGGCGGCGGUUUGGGUGGUGCGAGAAGCAGAGCAGCGGAUCUAAUGAGUGGCACACAGGAGGAGCUGACCAUCAACGCUGAGAGCAACGACGCUUACUCAAGGUUCCGGGAUCAGAUGCUGGUGCAGGUGACGGCGACUAAGGUUCGACGCUCCACCGGGCCUCGUAAACUUUCUUUGAGCGGCAGCUUCGACGCCUCCAAAUUCGACAACAUGUCCGAAAACGAGGAAACAAAGACUGAUAUGAACAUUGAUGUUUGUGGAAUAACUGGUGAGGGCGGAGCAAGUGAGGAAGGCGAGGACUUGAAGGCGGACAAUGAUGGCGACGGAGGUGACGGAGGCGGGCGUGAUACGUCCAACUUGGGCACGACCAGCAUCAUGAACUCCAAGAGACGCGGCCGACAGAACAGCGAGUGUGUGAAGGACGAGGCUUACUGGGAGAGGAGACGGAAAAACAACGAGGCCGCCAAGCGCUCCAGGGACGCCCGGAGAGCCAAAGAGGACGAGAUCGCCAUCCGCGCCGCCUUCCUCGAGCAAGAGAACCUGAAGCUGAGGGUAGAGGUCGCCUCCCUCAAGUCUGAAACUGCUAAACUGAGGUGUAUGUUGUACAACAGCUGAGGGUUGACGCCCUCGACCACCCAACACUCAGCCUUGUGCUGGCCUCACACAGUGCCUUAUACUACGAUGUGAUCAUCACCUGAUCUUCUUGACUUUACCUCUAUGACACCUGUAAUGGACGUCCUCGUGUUUACAUGUGUUAGUGACCACAACCUUGUGAGUGACAGUUUAUUUAUUGAGGGCACAGUGUUACGUUAGUGUACUGUACAGUGUUGAGACGCUGCACCACCCUGAAACCUCCCUGCCAGUACAGAUGACACCAACACGGUCAGCUGGAGUUAGGUGAACGUCGCCCACCACCUGCCCUGGUGUUUGAUGGGUUGUGGGGGAUGAACCCCACCUGCCAGUCCCCUCCCCUCCACAUUAACCAACCAGACCUAUUCACGUGCAGGCGCGCAAGAGCUGUGUGGUUAUUCCUCUCCUAGACAACCCAGACCUGCAGCUGCAUAACACUGCCUAUACCUGAUGUAUGAAGUGUUCUGUUCUCAUCCACACUGGCUGACGGUACGAGAUAAUUUUCACGGGUUUUGAGCAAGUUUUAUGAGCAAAGACUAGCGCACACCGACUCAUAAUUAUGUACACAGUUCAGCAAGUUUGUGUACACGGUUCAGUUUCCUUCUGAAGUAAGUGUGAUAAUAGUACUAAUAAUACGACACCCUGAGAAGUGAGUGGCGUAGCUGUUACACAUACACUGGCCUCCACACCUCCAGCAGUAGCUCAGUAGAGUGUUGACAGAGAUAUAUUAUGGCAGGCGGCAUCCAUCACUGUAGUCUUAUAUUAUUAGGUUAGGUUAAGUGAGACUGGCAACAGGAGCUGAAAUAUUAACAUAAUACUGCGGAUUACCUGAUUAAAUUUAACCUGACAUUGCAAACCUAAGCUCACCUAAGCUGAUAAUGUAAACAAACUUAACCUAACCAAACCUAACUUAACCUGACAAUUCAAAAAACUUAAACUAAUGAAACUUAAUCUAACCCAACCUGACCUGACAGAGCAAACAAAUAUAACCUAACCUAACCUGACCAAAUUUGAUGAUGCAGACAAUCUUAACCUAACCUAUCCUAAUUAGCCCUAACCUAGCGUAAUAUCUCACCAAACCUAACCCAACCUACCCAAACCAAACCAAGCCAACCCUAACCUAACCUACUACAACGAAAUCAAAUCAAAUUAAACAAAAUUCCAACGUAAUCAAAUUAAAAUUCACCCUUAAAUAAAAAACUAACCUACCCAUAACAGACGUAAACUUACACGAUAUAAUCCCGGUUUGAAAUAAAUAAAUAAAUAAAUAGAUUCGAUAAA